UUCACAAUACAGGGUGGGGAUUUGCUCUAAGGCAUUGUCGGAGGCAGAUGUAAACUCAUUGGUGUACACGAUUUUCUCCGGCCCAUCCUACUAACAUGAUCCGGUAGACUUAUAUGGGACCCGUUAUAUAUGAAAUGUGCGGUGUAAGGUUAUAUUGGUAGGGAGUUGGAAUGAAUUUAUCGGCAGGCGCAGGAGAUCCAUACUCCGCUUUUUUAAUCGCCUGAUAAAAAAUCGCGGUUAUUUUUAUUAAUGCCGUGGAUAUAUUCACAUUUGGUUUUGUUAAUGCCGGCCUUUUUUAUUGAUACUUCCGCGCAAUCUGCAUUAUGCAUCGGUUAUUUUGGGGGUUUUGAUCUUCGCGGGUUUGCUUACUCUCCCUCCCUGCUAUCUGAAAACUUUUGUUUUCAAAAACCUGGGUAGAAGCUUCGAACAAUCGAACUUAGAAGUUCAAACACCGCCAUUUCUGCUUGGGAUUCUUAAAUCUCGGACGGCGUUAACAUAUAACGUUUGUUCUCGUUCAUCUUCUUAUUUAAGUCCGCAGAUCUGCAGAACUGCUGCUUUCAUGCUCGCAUGUCCGUUAAGUUACUGAUUUGAAGAUGUUUUGGCGCAUGACAGCUCUUUCCGCCUCUUCUCCUGUGGAAGCAGUUUUAGACAAGGACAACUUCACUUUGGAAGACCUACUAGAUGAGGAAGAAAUAAUACAUGAGUGCAAAGCUUUAAACAGUCGCCUCAUAAAUUUUCUGUGUGACAGAGCCCAGCUUGAGCAGUUGCUGUGCUAUAUUGUAGAAGAAGCUCCAGAGGAUGCUGAAAGGAAACGUGCUUUCAAGUUUCCCUUCAUUGCCUGUGAGAUAUUUAUGUGUGAAAUUGAUGUCGUCCUUAACACCUUAGUAGAUGAAGAGGAGCUCAUGGACUUACUUUUCUCUUUCUUGGAACCAAAUCGCCCUCAUAGCACCUUGCUGGCUGGGUACUUCAGUAAGGUUGUUGCGUGCCUUAUGUUACGGAAGACAAUCCCGCUUAUGAAUUACAUUCAAGUUCAUCAGGAUGCUUUCUGCCAGCUAGUUGAUUUGAUAGGAAUCACGUCAAUUAUGGAGGUUCUGGUUCGACUUGUCAGUGCUGAUGAUCACAUGUAUCCCAAUUUUGUGGAUGUGAUGCAAUGGUUGGCUGAUAGUAAUUUGCUGGAAAUGAUCACCGAUAAACUGAGCCCAUCUAGUUCUCCUGAAGUUCAUGCUAAUGCAGCAGAAACUCUCUGUGUCAUCACUCAAAAUGCUCCUUCAGCUCUGGCCACUAAACUUUCAAGCCCAAGCUUUGUUGCAAGAAUAUUUGGUCAUGCACUUGAAGUUUCAGAGUUGAAAUCUGCACUUGUGCACUCCCUGUCUGUCUGUAUUUCUUUGUUGGAUCCCAAAAGAGCAGCUAUUUCUCCUUUGUUUAAUCCUCUUCGAAGUCAACAUUUAUAUGAACCAUCCAUUCAUGUUAAUCCUGAGACUAUUAGUGCUAUGCUGCCAAAACUUGGGGACUUGCUUAUGCUUUUGAAUGUUUCCAAUGAUGAGAGAGUUUUGCUUACAACAUAUGGAGAACUUAGGCCUCCUCUCGGGAAGCACCGUCUAAAGAUUGUAGAGUUCAUUGCAGUAUUAUUGAGGGCUGGCAAUGAAGUUGCUGAAAAGGAAUUGGUCAGCUCUGGUACCAUCCAGAGAAUCCUGGAUCUCUUUUUUGAGUAUCCAUUCAAUAACUUGCUGCAUCAUCAUGUAGAGAGUAUCAUUUUAUCAUGCUUGGAGAGCAAGAACAAUAUGAUUGUUGAUCAUCUCUUCCGAGAUUGCAACUUAAUUGGCAAGUUUCUUCAGGCUGAUAAACGUUUGGUUCUUUCUGGAGAUUGUGGUCAGCAGCCAACUUUACCUGCUGCUGGAAGACACAUGCCAAGGGCAGGCUACCUUGGCCAUGUCACUCGGAUUUCUAACAAGCUUGUUGAACUAGGACAUGGCAACAACUACAUCCAGGCAUACCUAAAGGAAAAUGAUGAAUGGAUUGAUUGGCAAGUGAACGUUCUACAGGAGCGUUAUCAUGUCGAAAAUGUUCACCACUGGGCCUGUGGCCGUCCAACUGCAUUGCAGGACAGGAUAAGGGAUAGUGAUGAAGAUGAACUCCAUGAUAGAGAUUAUGAUGUUGCAAUUCUUGCCAAUAAUUUAAUCCCGGCAUUUGGAUACAAUAUGUUUGAACAUGAUGAUGGAGAAGAGGUCCAUGGAUCUCUUGAACAAGAUGAUGAGGAUACCUACUUUGAUGAUGAAUCAACUGAGGUUGUAAUAUCUUCUUUGAGGCUUGGUGAUGGCCAUGAGAGCAGUUUGUUUACAAAUUCCAACUGGUUUGCUUUUCGAGAUGAUAAAAUUGGUGGUGAGCAUUUGAGCACUUCCCAAUCUGAGAAGAUGGACAAGAUCAAUUUAAGUUGCACAGCAAAUGGUGGCAGCAACCAUAGUGAUGAUGAAGUGGUGGUUGGAGAGGAUGAGGAUUUGGCUAACAGUGCAGCUCCCAUGAAUGGGGAAUCCAGAUCCAACAAAAAUGCCCUGGGUGAAUGUGCUAAUAAUGGUCCAGUGAAUGGGCAAGAUUUGAACCCCCAGAGUGAGAAGACAAGCUCUUCUGCUGAUCUUGGUUUCUUCCAAGUUGCAACAUCAGACAGUAGCAAGCCAUUUGGUGAUAGGGCUUUUCCUGAUUGGGUGGGAUGGCAAGAGUCUUUGGAUUUAGAGGUAGGCAGGUCAGAGAGGAAUCCUUCAAGUGGUAAUGGCGACUCUGAUGUUAAUCUUUCUACUCCCAUGGAUGCCACUGGGACUAACAUCAAAUCAUUUUCUGAUGGAAAGGUCAAAACACGAAAUGAUAGCAUGAAUGCUGUGGGUUCCAGUGACAGGCCUGUGGGGGCUGAUGCAAGUAAGAUGGCUACUGUAUCGUCAUUGUUCAAGGAAGAUGCUGAAUUUGUUGGCAUGGAAGUAGAGGACAGAGAGAAGGCAAUGGUACAGACCUUGAAAGAGGGGAUAGUUGGGGAGGCAGGGUUCUUGAAGAGAAAUCAUGACCCUAAGUUAUCAGAGGGCAAAUCCACUGAGGAUGGAACAAGUAUGUUUGAGUUCAAUGAUGCUAACUAUUAUCAAGAGGUUGCUGUUCUGGAAUGACUGGUUGCUUAACCGCUUAACUGCCUAAUAUUGGAGCCAAUGGAUACCGGUGCCAUUAUUGAUGGCAUGGGUGUUCUGUCACAUGUAUAUGUACAGUAUAAUCCAAUUUGGAAUUUUGUACUAAGGUCAUGUUUUUUGUUGCUGUUAUUGCUAUUAUACUAUUCUUGUUUUUUCUAUUUAUUUAUUUAUUUUUACCUUAAAUUGGGGAUUUUGUUCGGGUACCCCUAAGCCGUACUGUUGUAUUCCAUAGUUUCCAUGUCUUUGACAGUUCGACUACGAGCCAAUUAUUUAUGUCCUAUUAUAAUAUCCUUGGUAUCUUCUA